CUUGGACGGCCACAGACUACUUUUGGGGUACUGCCGACGACAUGGCCGACUACUCUGGCAUCAGUCGACUGCGCCGCUUGUCCGAGCUCUUGGACCAUGACGAUGGCGAGAGCGAUGGCGAGAACCACGUGCUGCCCGUGUCGGCUGUCGGCGUGUGCAUUGGCGCCGCCGAGGACGAGACCAUGGACGACGACGACGAUGUGAACGUCGACACGACCGUCUGCAUCGAGUGUCGCCACCAGCGGUCCGAGGUCUUUUGCGAGCAGUGCCAUGACCACUUUUGCCGCCUCUGCUACGGUGGCCAGCACCGCAAGGGCAACCGGAAAACACACACCUUCCAGCCCAUUCUGCAGUCGACGGACGACGCCCGCGAGAAGAUCCAGCCUGCUGCGCCGACGGUGCCACUGCCGUCUACUGCGUCGAGCCGACCCUACGAAGGUGAUGCCGAUUCCUCCGACGACAGUGAUGACAGCGGCAACUCGAGGCCCUCCCGCUUCCGCGGCUCGUCGUCGUCGCGCAAUAUCUGUACCUUGAUGGGCUCAUUGCUCUUAGGCGGACUGUCUUCGAAACAGCUCCCGUCGUCGUCGGCACAUGCAGUCCCGAACGCGACCAUGCGCGACCGCGCACGGUACAUCCCCGUGCGCCUCACGUACGAAGAGCGCAAGCGCCUCCGGACGCUCGAGGCCGCGCUCAGCGUGUGUCACUACACGGACAAGAUUGACACGCUGCUUGCGAUGAACCCGUCGAAGCGCACGCGCCUCCAGCUGCAAGAAAUCGCCGGCUUCCUUAGCGGCCUCGUCGUCUCGAUGGACUACAAAGCCGGCCAGACGCUCUUGGACGAGAAGCAGUUUGAGCCGCUCGAAGGUUUCUUUGGCGACCUUUUCGAGCUCGGGCGGCGCUACAAGAUCAUGAACCCCGAGAAGAUGCGCGGCGAGUACGGUGCGCUCAUGUACCUGCUGCAAGACGCCGUGUCGCCUGCGAUCCACGACCUCCUCGGCUUCUCGCCCGUCAAGCCGCUCAAGACGGUCUACGCUGUGCUCGAAGCGCAUGGCGUGCUCGGCAUCCUCGACCACCCGCUCAUCGAGACAGCGACGAUGGUCGUGGCACCCGAAGGCAAGUCGCGAGCCAAAAUUCAGCAGCAGAUCAAGGCCAAGGACGCGGCGAUCAAGGAGAUCACGCGGUCGUUCUUCUCGUCGAGCGUCUCGGCCGACGAGAUCCAGCAGUGCCUCUACUCGAUCGCGGACAACAACUACCAUCUCUACUUUGAGCGGGACCCGAUUGACCGCAUGAUCACGCUCCUCACCACGCACUUUCCGAGCCAAGAUACGACGGUCGAUGCCAAGUACUCGCUCGCGAUCGUCUCGGGCAGCGACGGCGCGCGCCUCUCGCACUCGCACGCGCGGCAGUACCACUACGUCCUCCAGUCGCUCACGCUCUGGCGCGAGAUCGCGCACGACAUGUUUCGCCUCUGGUGCCUCACGGACGACGACCUGCUCACGGCCAAGUCGCCGUACCAGCUCACGGACACGGGCCAGGGCCUCCACCGCAUCCAGGCGUCGCCGCUCGUCUCGCGUGCGAUGCAUGUGCUUUUGCAUACGACGCAGGAGCGCUUGGAGCACUGGGUCGGCUCGAGUGUCAUCCAUCUCGGCGACAAGAACGUGCCGAACGCACUCAUGUUUAUCGACAAGUACGCGCAGGUCGGGCACAUUCUUCGGCCGAUCGUCAAGACCAUCGACGCGAUCGACGAGUUGGCGGCCAAGUCGGCCGAGCUCCAAAAGUACAUUGCGACGACCUUUGGCGGCCCCGAGACGCUCAAGAAGGACAUCCUCGUCGAUUUUUUCCGCGAGGCAUUUGACGGCAGCGGCGCCGACAACUUCUUCGAUGCGGGUUCGUGCAUUGACGGCCGCCUCACGAGCGCGUGGAACUGGUGCUCGCGCCUCCACGCGAAAAAGUUCUUCCCCGUCUUCAAGCUCGCGGGCUUUGUCGGCUUUGACGGCAAGUUUGGCUAAGACGUCUUUCGCAUCGCCGCACUAGAGAGAGAUUGAGGACGACGUCAAUAUAAACAUGCUUGACAACGA